CGCGACACUUCCGGUUAUGAGUCAGCCUGCUUUACGGCAGUUUAAACAAACCAAAAUGUCAAGUUUGGUGGGUUGAGGAAACAGCUAGCUGACAUGGUGCUUAAAAUGGAGUUUCCGUGGAUUUACGUGAGGAAGAAAAUUGGAUAAAGGCAAAGAAUCGUAAGAUAAUUAGCGGUAAAUUGGGAGCUACGCGAGAUUUUUAAGGUUAUCUCGAACAGACAACGUUAGCUAUAAAGCUAGCUGCAUAAGUAAUGUCCAAGUCAGUCAGCUGACUCAUAAGCGCGCAAGCCAGAUAGUAAAGUUUUAAGUGUUUCAGUGAUAAAUAUUGUAACAGUGAAGUAAAGUGUUGUAGGUUUUACAACGUUUAGUAGUUCAGGACAUACAAAAAGCACGUUGUCGAGGCAACACAUAGCUUGCUAGCUGAGAAAUAUGAUUUGUUUACUUGGCUGCAUAACUGGCUAAGGCUAGACUUAUCUGUACUUAUUAACUAAGAAUAACAUGACAAACGGCUUAGUUUAUAGGUUCAGAUAUUGUUGUUGAUCAAGUGAUUAAAAAAGUAACAGCAAGCUGGUUAAUAAUUACACUGCCAUUCAGGCAUUGUGCCACUCCCACUUAUUAUUCUCAGGAAGUCAUUUAAUGACUUGGAUAUAGUGUUUUAUAUUCUACUGGUUGGUCCAUAUCUAGAAAAAUCAAUAUCAGCUGAUGUGUGAUUAUUCAAAGGAUAUCAGAUCUAAAACAGAAACCAUGUGGCUUCAGCAGCGGUUAAAGGGACUUCCUGGGUUGCUCUCAAGUAGCUGGGCCAGACGUGCUUUGGUUGUCUUGCUCAUUUUCCUUAUAUUUUACUGGAACCUGAGCUCUAAUAGGAUCUUCAAGUUCCCCAGUUUCUUCCAGGAGGCUGGAGGUGCUGCUGGAGUCUGUCUGCAGACUGAUAUUAACAGAUGGACAGCACAGGUUGAGCGUGGUGAGGGCAUCAUGAGCACGCCGCAGACGAGAGUCUCAGUACCGUUUGUAACAGGGAACGGACAUGUCUUGGUGGAUGUGGAUUCUAAUAAAGUCUGGGUGACGUCGUCCUCUCAGCCGGGUUCGACCCCAGUGCACCUGACGGAAUAUUCCCCCAUAGUACGAUGGCAGAUAGCUGGAAAGCGCUCUGAGGCUCAUGCUAAGAUGUUGUGGUACCGGAAAGGCUCUGUGCUCUCGUCCCGGUGUAUCCUGCUCGAUACGUCCCAGUCCCCUCGGGAUUGCGUUAUCAUUCGAGAGGAACACAUCGCCCACCGUAGCCGACCUAAUGUCUACAUUCAGCGGGUUCAUAUAAACAACCCAACAGACAAAGCAGUAUCAGUCGAGGCGACUGUGGAAUCACCAUCAUUUAGGGGUGUUACAGAGAAGGUGGAAGAUAAAGAAUUCAUGCUGUCCACUGGAAAAGUUCUCACAGAAAAGAAGGAAACAGUGUUGAUGGCUGUGGGAACAAAACGAUUGAGCAUGCGCUUUCAAGUCCCUGCGAAAUCUGACCAUACUGAAAACAUAGUGAGUGUAAUUCACACGUCAGAGCCCGUCGAGCCCUCUAAGAUGGAUGAGACCUUCAGCAAGCUUCGAGAUGAUGUCAAAAGAGAGAUGGUGGAGUUGCUACGAGCAAAACUGGAAGAUUUGGUCCAGGAGCACCAGCAGGCAUGGGCGGAUCUUUUCAUAUCUGGUAUAGAGAUUAGGAAGAUCACUGAUGCCCACACGCCGUCGAGCCGCACGGUCAACACUACACUGUACUACAUCCUCUCCUCCUCCACCGCACCCCUGCUGGAGAGCACACUCAGCACAGAGGAGCGUGAUAAGCUCGAGUCAAGCCUGAACUACGCUGAUCACUGCUUCAGUGGCCACGCCACCAUGCAUGCCGAGAACCUGUGGCCCGAGCGUGUGAGCAGCGCUGCUUCUCUCCUGCAGCUAGUUAAUCUCUGGACGUUAACCCUCCAAAAACGUGCCUGCAAAGCUCUGGUUUCAGCGGGUGCUCAUGGCAUGAUGCAAGCCGUGACGCUCAGUUUUGGUGGCCUGCAGUUCACAGAGAACCAUCUGCAGUUCCAGGCUGAACCGAGCGUCCUGCAUAAUAGCUAUUCGCUGCGUGGAUUGCGCUACCACCGUGAUCGCAUCAGCCUCUCCGUGGUGGCCGACGCAGAGGGUCGGCCCUCGCUGCACGUCUCCGUAAAACCGCAGGAUGAAGAGAAGCCGGUGAAGCUGUAUGCCUGUGAGGCAGGGUGCAUCAACGAACCCGUGGAGCUCACGUCUGAGCCUCGGGGUCACGUUUUCCCCGUUUUAGUGACACAGCCUCUGACGCCGCUGCUCUACAUCUCGACAGACCUGAGGCAUCUGCAGGAUCUGCGCCACACUCUGCACGUCAAGGCCAUCCUAGCACACGACGAGCACAUGGCCAAGCAGGACCCAGGUCUGCCCUUCCUGUUCUGGUUCAGUGUGGCGUCUCUCGUCGCACUCUUCCACCUCUUCCUCUUCAAGCUCAUCUACAACGAGUACUGCGGCCCCGGCGCCAAGCCGCUCUUCAGGAGCAAGCAUGAGGAUGACCCCCAUCAGGUAAUGAGGGAUCUUUAAGAUGAAGCCCUUCCUGAAGUCCUGAGGACAAUGGGUCAAAUUCCAUAAUCAGUCAUUUCUACAACUCAGUCAAACUUUCCAGUGGGAUUUAUCAUUGAAUAUAUAUAUAUAUUAAUUUAAUAAUAGAAAACACUAUUGUUCAUUUUUACAGGAAAAAUAGGAUUUGGGAUUUUA